AUGGCUGCGACCAAGAGCAAGAUAGUGGAAGAAGCAGAAGCACAAGCAGAAGAAGCAGAAGCAGAAGAAGACGGGAAAGAUAUAAACAGUAACGACACAGAUUUGCUCACUUGUGAAGGAGUUACAAUCAUUAGACCUAUCAAAGGUAUCGACCCCGAGCUUGGUUCUUGUCUAGAAUCAUCGUUUGUGCAAAACUACCCUUUCUCUAAGCUUCAAAUUCUAUUCUGCGUCGAUAACCCCAAUGAUCCUAGUUUGCCCAUCAUUCGCAAAUUGAUUAGGAGAUACCCUACGAUUGAUGCCGAGAUUCUAAUAAGUGAAAACUAUAAUGCACAGGCACAGGUUAGCCAAGAUCACUUUGGCCCCAAUCCCAAAGUAAACAAUCUUGCUAAAGGGUUCCUCAAGGCAAAAUAUGAUAUCUUGUGGGUGAUGGAUAGUAAUGUAUGGGCUAGUUCGAAUAUCCUCAAGAAUUCGGUCAUUACCUUAAAUUCAAAUUUGAAUAAUGGGAGAAAAGUUAGCGAUCAGCGACCAGUGAAAUUGGUCCAUCAUGUUCCACUAGCAGUGUGCACCGAUUCUAAUACAGAUGAAAGUGGUGAUUUUUUGGCCUUGGACGAGUUGGAGAAUAGAGUUACGCCGACUGCAUCGGACGAGGAGUCUGAAACUCCACAAAAUGUUUCCUACUUGACAAAUCGGAAACCAACACCACCGCCAUCUUCACCUUCACUAGCGCCACCAUCUUCUUCUAGCUCCAAACCUUCAAAAUUUUAUUCGAGAGCAAAAAAACUUGGCGCUAAAUUAGAUGAGAUGUUUCUCCAUACUUCUCAUUCCAAAUUCUAUGUCUCGUUAAACAACUUGUCGAUAGCACCUUGUGUCAAUGGUAAAUCCAACAUCUAUAGGAAAUCAGAUCUUGACCAAUCUGUGAAACUUAUACCAUAUAAGGAUUCCGAGUUUUUUAGAGACCCAAAAGUGAAACGCGACGCUUAUGAAUAUACGUCAAGCGCAAUUUCCGGUAACUCGAUCAAAUUUUUUGCACGAUAUAUUGGCGAGGAUAACAUGAUUGGUAUUGCAUUAUGGGAGAACUGUAAUGGAAGAACUGGUCUCACGGGUGACAUUGUUGUCCAACCAUUGAACCCAGAGAACAAUAGCAUACGCGAUUAUAUUCAACGACGCGUGCGCUGGCUCAGAGUAAGGAAGUAUAUGGUGCUCUUAGCUACAUUGAUUGAGCCAACUACAGAGUCGCUUGUGUGCGGAGUAUAUGGGACCUACGCCGUUUCGACACUUUUCUUACAUCAAUGGUUUUCUAUCAAAUGGUUUAUGAUGCAUAUGAUUAUAUGGUUAUUAACUGAUUAUGUCCAAUAUAAUGUGUUGAUGUCGCAUGUCAAGGACUCGAGUAAUAACAAUAUCGCAUAUUUGCCACAAUGGAUGAACAGAGUAGGUUUUGCAAAACAGGCGCGAGGUUUUGCAUCAUGGCUCUAUGUUUGGUGUUUGCGGGAAAUGUUGGCGUUGCCCAUUUGGGCCAUUGCAAUGAUUGGACACGAGAUUGAUUGGAGAGGAGCACCUUUUAGGAUUAAAAAGGAUUUAACUGCAGAGGAGCUCUAG